GCGGGAGGGUGCAGUGCGCAGGCGCAGAGGGCAGCCGGGCAGGGAGGGCGCCGGGAGUAAGAUGGCGGCUUACGUGGAGAUCCUGCGGCGCGAGUUCCCCAACAUGGACUCGGAGCUUUUCCACUACGUGACGGGUGUGCUGGACAGCAGUGCGUCUGACUUUGAGUCUGUAGACGAGAUAUUUGAGGCGAUUGGAGAUGUUCUGCAGGAAAUCUCCGACUCAAAGAAUGAAGACAAUGUGCGAGAGAUCUGUCAGAGAAUGUUUAACACCCUUAAACUCAAUACCUCCAACUCGUCAAAACCAACUUUGCUGCUGAAAACUCCCAUCCAGCUCUCCAAAAUGUCCAGCCACUCUGACUACAAGACCGAGGAAAUCAGAGGCAUUUGGAUGACUAAAAGGGACACGGGCACGACGGUUGAUGCUAAGAAACUAGAAAAAGCAGAAGCCCGGCUAAGAGCUAAGCAGGAGAAGAGGACGGAGAAGGGUUCCCAGAAGAUUGUCAGUCCUGUAGUUCUCGAGGAAGCCUCGGCCAGCCAAGCCUCCAGUAAGAAGGAAAGUCGCCUCGAAGCUUCCGGAAAGAACAAGUCGUAUGAUAUUAAGAUCGAAAACUUUGACGUCUCCUAUGGAGAGCGGACAUUGUUGACGGGUGCUGAGGUGCACCUGGCCUAUGGCAGGCGUUACGGUCUGGUUGGCAGGAACGGUUUAGGGAAGACCACACUGUUGAAGAUGAUGUCAGCGCGGAAUCUGCACAUUCCCUCGCACAUUAGCGUGUUACACGUGGAGCAGGAGGUGGCUGGUGAUGACACCAGGGCCUUGCAGAGCGUGCUGCAGUGCGAUGUGGUACGCGAGAGUCUGCUACAGGAGGAGAAGGAGCUGAACGUGAAGCUGAACUCUGGUCUCAACGAUGGCACGGAAAGCACGAGAUUAACGGAAAUCUAUGCAAAACUGGAAGAGAUUGAGGCAGACAAAGCUCCAGCGAGGGCUUCAGUGAUCCUGGCCGGGCUGGGCUUCAGUCCCAGGAUGCAACAACAGAUGACCAGGGAGUUUUCCGGAGGUUGGAGAAUGAGACUGGCUUUAGCAAGGGCACUUUUUGGAAAGCCUGAUCUGCUGCUGCUGGAUGAACCUACAAACAUGUUGGACGUUCGAGCCAUCCUGUGGUUGGAAAAUUACCUGCAGACAUGGCCGUCCACCAUCCUCGUCGUGUCCCACGAUCGUAACUUCCUCAACGCGGUGGCCACUGACAUCAUCCACCUGCACUCCCAGCGCCUGGAGACCUACCGCGGAGACUACGAGAACUUCAUAAAGACAAAGGAGGAGCGGCUGAAAAACCAGCAGCGAGAGUACGAGGCUCAGCGACAGUACAGAGAGCAUAUACAGGUGUUUAUAGAUCGGUUCAGGUACAAUGCAAACAGAGCGUCGCAGGUUCAAAGCAAGCUGAAGUUACUGGAAAAAUUGCCUGAGUUGAAACCACUUGAAAAGGAGCCAGAAGUGGUUAUAAGGUUUCCUGAUAACUUUGAGAAGUUGUCUCCUCCGAUAUUGCAGCUGAGUGAACUAGACUUUUCCUACAGUUCCAGCUCUUCCAUAUUCAGGAAUUUGUCGGUGUCGGCUGAUCAGGACUCACGCAUUUGCAUUGUCGGGGAGAACGGGGCUGGUAAAACCACGUUGUUAAAGUUACUGCUCGGAGAUCUGACACCCGUCCAGGGAAUCCGCCAUGCACACAGGAACUUAAAAAUUGGCUAUUUCAGCCAACACCACGUGGAUCAGCUAGACAUGAAUGUCUGCUCCGUAGAGCUGUUAGCAGCAAAGUUCCCAGGGAAGCCGGAAGAGGAGUACCGUCACCAGCUGGGUGGCUACGGGAUAUCAGGGGAGCUCGCGGUCAGGCCAGUGGCCAGCCUCUCAGGAGGACAGAAGAGCCGGGUGGCGUUUGCACAGAUGACUAUGCCAUGCCCCAACUUUUACAUUCUGGAUGAACCUACAAACCAUCUGGACAUGGAGACCAUCGAGGCUCUGGGGAACUCGCUCAACAAGUUCAAG